CACAUUCAUUUCAUCAUCUUGGUGCGUGCUGUGCGUUUGUCCGUCGUUAAAAAGUGGUUCGUUUAAGCUCAAAGUUCGCUAACUUUGUGUAAAGCAUCAUAACGCAAUGAGCGAGGAGCGAGCAGGACCGUCAAAUGGGCGCAAGUCCCGUCGCGACAAAUUCUGUGACCUGCUAGUCGGGGCGAAUAGAAUGACCCCUGAAAUGUCGACAGAUGAUUCGAAUAGUUCACAGUACAAUGGAGACUCCCCGAUGAACGGUAAUGGACGGAGCAGUGGAAAAAAUAAGAGGAAACGCAGAACCCCAAAGAAACGCCACGAUUCGGCCGAUUCCGGUUUGAAGGGUUAUACCGGAAGAAAUCCCGACCUCUCGGAUAAAAUGCACGAUAUCUCAGAUGACUCCGGCGAGGAUCCCCGGUCGCCAGCUGAAAUCAGGGCGCUUUGCGCGAGUGGUCUGAGGGUAUUCCCCCGUGAACAACAACAACAACAGACAGAACCAGCGGCAGAUGCAGCAGUAGAAGAGGCCGCUGCUGCUGGUCCUGCUGCUCUGGCUGAUCCGGCUAGCCCGGAGCCAGACACUCCGACUUCCUCACAGAUGUCCUCAUCAUCACCAUCAACAACAUCCUCCCGCACGGAGAAGACGAAGACAGCUAUCCUUCCGACAGCAAAAGAUCCGUCCCAUCCUUCCAUCCAACUAACAACAACAACAACAAUAGUAAGAACUACUACUAUAACCACCACCACCACUUCGAAUACUGGAACCUCAACCACCACCACCUGCAUCCCAGCAACGUCCGUAUUUAGUAACUUAUUGACUCCAGUACCAGUAGCGUCUGGAUCACCAGCCCCACCAGUGACACCAGUAACCCAUCAGACACCGAAAACUUCUCCCAGCCCAAUUUAUUCACCGACGGCACCAGCCAACAACAACAAUAACAGCAACAGCAGCCACUCCUCAGAGAACAACUCAAACAACUCGUCUGCGGCUUCAAGCGCAAGCGAUUCAGAACCAGAACCAGAACCGCAAGCAGCAACAACAACAAAUGAAAGUCAGCAGCAAACAGCAACAGACUUAGACCAGAAGGCUGAGGAAUUGGUUUUUCCCGGUAUGUCUUGGGAUCCUUUCUCUGUUUCCAGCCAACAGAUCCGAACACGCUCGAAGUCGACAGACGUAGAUAAGCCUAACGAUGGCAUCUACAACAAGGAAAAGGAGAAGAAGUCGCCGGCUACGUCUACGGCUGCGGCUGCAGUCCCGACAAAUUAUCCAUCGAAUAAUUACAAAAAGUCAAAUCGUAAUAAAAGAUACAGGAGUCCUAGACCCAUCGCACCAAAACUCUUAAUUUGUGGCGAUGAUCCGUUGCCGCCCGAACGUCCACGACGCAAGAGUACGUUCAGGCCAAAUGCAUCCGACGAGAUCUAUCGGCAACCGUUUUUGUAUGGCUGGACGCGUCAGGUGGUGAAUCCCAGUCAAAAAUCGAACACGUCAAUACAGACAGUCUACACAUCGCCCUUUGGCAAGAAGUGCCGGAAGAUGAGCGAGAUUCAAGCAUUGCUGUCAGAUGGUCUCACCACCGAUAACUUUCUAUUUGGAAGUCAAUCCCUGGGUGCUGGACCAGAGUUUGAGACAACCCGCACGGCCUUGUCUAGGGAGGAGUUCAAUAACGCUUUACGGGAGCGCCGCAAAUCGCUGGCGGCCGAAAAGGCGACAGAGUCUCUCGCCGGCAAGGCGAAUCGGAAACGUCGCAAAACAAUGGGGGCGGAAUCUCGACCAAAUUCUGCUUCUGCGGGAUUUGACAAACGUUGCAAAUCCACUGCCGUCGCAUCGGUGGUGACUGCCGCCGUGUCAGUUAAAUCUGUAACUGUCAAAUCACCGAAGCAUCUGGCAGCCGAUGCGGUGGUUGCACAUGGGGCAGGCAAUCGCAAAUCUAAUCCGAAUGUGCCGAAAGGCGCCAGUCCUCCCACUGAGGGUUCGACUUCCACCACGGCCGUCACGGGCAAUGCGCUUCUCCUUGCCGCCGACAGGAAUGGCAGUGCCAGAACCAGUGGAUAUUUCAACACAAGCGUCAGCUCAAGUGCCGCCCCCUUGAGCCAGGAGAAGCGCGCUACCUGUGUAUCCUGCGUAGAGCUGGUCAGUGGCCGCGUUUGCCAGAACUGUAUGCAGUCGGUGCAGGGAACCGAGGACGUGGAACUAGACGAUGAAGAUGAGGAUAGCGAGAAGAGCUAUCCGGAGCUCCUUCUGAGCAAUGGGGUCAAGGUGCCUAAAACGAUUGAGCCGCCAGGCGAGAUGCCACCAGCUGAGCUAUUCAGCACCGAUACGUGCCAAGUAGCUACUCAAACUGAUGUGCACAUGGGCCAGGACGUUGUGGUCAUCGGUGGUCGGAAGGCGAUGACCAUGACUGGCACACAAGCGAUCAUAACAAAUUUAAAAGUCAUUCUGCCAUUGGACUUGUCAGCAUAUAACGACUUAUCCAAUAAACGUAUUGCUUCGCAUAAGCAAUCGUCGGAGACGGCCCCAGAAACAACUUGGGCAAACGCGUUUGGCGCAGGCUUCGAUUGUCGUAUAUUACUGAGCGUUAUGAAGACACUCAACCAGCAGGAUCGUGCUAGUGUCUCGCAGGUGUCCAAGUUGUGGAACUUGUGCUCCAGUGACCCUCAGCUGUGGAUAUCAGUCUCGCUGCGCGAUACAACGGUCAACAAUUGGCCAGCCUUGGUGAUCCAAAUGGCACGCAAGGGCACACGCGAAUUAGACAUGAUGGGUGCCAUUAUACCCAGUACAGCGAACUUCGGAGCCGGUCAUAUGCAUACAUUGAAGGAAAUGCGCGUGGUGCGCACUCAUUGCACAAAGGCGGAAUUUUUGCAACAGAUUAUGAGUAAAAUGACAAAGCUGGAGAAGCUGAUCAGCACUUGCUACAGCUCACGGCUCAGCUUGACCGCCAUCGACAAGAUGGAGAACCUGACCGAGCUGCGCAUUCGCAUGACCGAUGCCAAUGGAUCGAUCUCUAGCCUGACCCAGGUGGGCAAGCUGACGCGUCUGCGUGUCCUGAGCCUGCGCGGCGUGAAGAACUUGUACAAACUGCUAUUUCUAAAGAAGUUGCCCAAUCUGGAGACUUUGAUAUUGGGCAACUGCCAGAACGAGGUAGUGGCUCGCCGUCUGGGCAACGUGGUGCUUCCAAAUCUCAAAAAAUUACAGGCGCUCCGCAUCGAAACGGACAUUGACCAAAAGAAGAAUCCAAAUUGGUCCUUCCCAAUCAAGGAAAUCAUGCAUGGACUCGCCCAGGCUGGUGACUUGCGUCGCCUGGAGCUGGUCAACGUCGAUGUGGACAGCAACUUUAGCGAGUUGCUGGCCAAGUGCCAGAGUAUUUCGGAACUGCUAUUGAUACCCAGAUGCCAUAGCGAAACGAACGGUAUGAUACGUGCCGUAAUGGAAUUAAGUCGCAAUAAAUCGCAGCUAAAGCAGUUUAAACUUGUCAUAAACAAGGCGCUCCUAACCCUAACAGCAUCGUUCUUAGGUAGACCCAACGUGCCAUUGGUCCCAGUGACUCGUCCAGUACUCGGCAUGAAGCCCGGUGAAAAGUUAUAUCUCUGCUCGCGCAAUUGCCACGAGAAGAACCACAAAACGUGUGUGGUCGGGAUGCACUUUGAGCGCUUUCAAACGUUCAUGUGCGAGCUAAUGGGGAAGUGCUCAACGUCGGUUGUGACAAUGGCCGUGGACCAUACUGUGACCACAGUACAACUCGAUCGUUUACCACCCGAUGAAAAAGUCCCCUUCCACACUGAAACCCACAUCAACCCACCAAACCAACAAAAUGUACUUCUACCAGAGAAAGCCAAGACUGAGUCUUCGAGAGUCAUCACAAAAGUUUAAAAAAUUCACGGACUAGAAAAGAAGAAAAUUAAGUAUUAGGUCGCGGUUAUACUUCAUGUUUUGUUUUACAUAUUCCACAAGUCGCAGCUGAAAAAUACCCCAAAAACUAUAAACCCACAAUUCAACUUAACAACUUCAACAACUAAUGACCGCACAACAAGAUAGACACACCAAUCCACACACACACGACAACCAACACAAGACAAAACAAAACAGAAGAGUACUCGUAAUCGCUUAGUUUGUAGUUAUAAAACAUUUGAUGUUUCAGUGUUAUCCAUAGAAUUAAUGUGGAGAAAUGUAAAAACUAAACCAAUUAAGAGUUUUGCUCCAACGCAAAACAACUGAAUAGAUUGUAAUACAUAUUUUUUUGUGUGUUUCAACCAAAAUGGUUGAUGGCGAAGUUUGUACUUGUAUAACCAAACUGAAAGAUAAUCAAAAGAAUAAUUUACCAUUCCAAAGGAAUGAACAAAGAGAACAAAGAAGUUAGAAGAUAAAAGCCAACUGGGCCGAAGAAAUCAAUGGACUAUUCCAUGUUUAUAGUCAUUGCGUUUGCUUUUGUAAAGAGACAGAUAUUAAUGUAAGCCUGUAAAUAUAUAGACAUAAGACGAAGACAAGCCAAACACACAGCCCCCCAGUCCUUCCACUCGCACUCUGGCAGAGGAGUUUGCUUUUUAGCACUGUUGGACUGUCGAUUUUCCAACGUUCAAAACGCUGAACUAAUGACCGCACAACAAGACACACACCAAUCCACACACACACGACAACCAACACAAGACAAAACAAAACAGAAGAGUACUCGUAAUCGCUUAGUUUGUAGUAACUAUCUAUAUAUAUAUAUAUAUAUAAAACAUUUGAUGUUUCAGUGUUAUCCAUAGAAUUAAUGUGGAGAAAUGUAAAAACUAAACCAAUUAAGAGUUUUGCUCCAACGCAAAACAACUGAAUAGAUUGUAAUACAUAUUUUUUUGUGUGUUUCAACCAAAAUGGUUGAUGGCGAAGUUUGUACUUGUAUAACCAAACUGAAAGAUAAUCAAAAGAAUAAUUUACCAUUCCAAAGGAAUGAACAAAGAGAACAAAGAAGUUAGAAGAUAAAAGCCAACUGGGCCGAAGAAAUCAAUGGACUAUUCCAUGUUUAUAGUCAUUGCGUUUGCUUUUGUAAAGAGACAGAUAUUAAUGUAAGCCUGUAAAUAUAUAGACAUAAGACGAAGACAAGCCAAACACACAGCCCCCCAGUCCUUCCACUCGCACUCUGGCAGAGGAGUUUGCUUUUUAGCACUGUUGGACUGUCGAUUUUCCAACGUUCAAAACGCUGAACUAAUGACCGCACAACAAGACACACACCAAUCCACACACACACGACAACCAACACAAGACAAAACAAAACAGAAGAGUACUCGUAAUCGCUUAGUUUGUAGUAACUAUCUAUAUAUAUAUAUAUAUAUAAAACAUUUGAUGUUUCAGUGUUAUCCAUAGAAUUAAUGUGGAGAAAUGUAAAAACUAAACCAAUUAAGAGUUUUGCUCCAACGCAAAACAACUGAAUAGAUUAUAAUAUAUAUUUUUUUGUGUGUUUCAACCAAAAUGGUUGAUGGCGAAGUUUGUACUUGUAUAACCAAACUGAAAGAUAAUCAAAAGAAUAAUUUACCAUUCCAAAGGAAUGAACAAAGAGAACAAAGAAGUUAGAAGAUAAAAGCCAACUGGGCCGAAGAAAUCAAUGGACUAUUCCAUGUUUAUAGUCAUUGCGUUUGCUUUUGUAAAGAGACAGAUAUUAAUGUAAGCCUGUAAAUAUAUAGACAUAAGACGAAGACAAGCCAAACACACAGCCCCCCAGUCCUUCCACUCGCACUCUGGCAGAGGAGUUUGAUUUUUAGCACUGUUGGACUGUCGAUUGUCCACCGUCGACCUGGGGCUGGCCUUUUGGUAACUAACUAUUAAAAUUUAUGUGACCUUUCACCAAACUGCAAA